GGCGGUGUGCCCAACAGAGGCUGCUCCAUAUCCAACAAUAACCACAGAAGAAGAAGAAGAAGCGGAAGCAGAGAAGAGGCGCGCGCUCAGGGAGUGAAUUUGAAUCACAGAGCAGAAGAGCAGUACGCUGUCGGUGUCACCACAAUGGCUCAAGCCGGUAAUGAAUUCCAGGACUUGGCGAAGACGGGGGAGGGAUUGGUGGACUUCAUCAACAGCAGCCAACAAGAGAACCUGAAACAAGUGAAAGAUGAACAUCAGGCUCUUUUUGACCAUCACAUCGAGACAAAAAAGACUGUUACACAGAUUUUAAAAGUUGUGGCUCAGACUGAGGAGAGUGCGGGCCAGAGGCUGCUGGACAUGGAGGAAGAGAUGAAGCGAAGGGAGAAGGAGCUGGAGAUCCUGGAGGAACAGCUGAGGCGGGGCACAGCCAAAAGCCAGAUGACUGACUCUGAAUUACAAUUUCUGCAGAGAGAGCUGGAGAGUCUGAGAAACACCGAACACGAGCUCGAAGCUCUUCAGAGCGAGGUGGAUGAAGACACGACCGAGGUCAUCCCUUCAGCAGUAUAUGUGGCUCAGGUGUACUACCUAAUAACCAGGAUCAAGUGGGAAUAUGACACCCAGCCCAACAUCUUAAAAGGAGUGCACUACGGUGCAGACCUGGCGACUCCCAUCAACAUCGACACCUCUAUGCGAUCUCGGAAUGACGUAAGCGACCAGCUGUGGGGCUUCGUCAGCACUGAGUGGUAGCUGGAGGAUGAAGUGAUGUGUACGUUAUUAUUGUUUGUCUAUAUAUUUGUUUGUUUUCUUCUGUUCUAUACAGCAUUUCUACUGUUUAAAAAAUGAAUUCUCAAACCUUUUGGUUUAGUAGUUAUUCUCUAAUUCCAGGUUUCCCAACCUGGGGGUCAUGACCCCCACUAGGGGUCGCCAAAGCUUCACGGGGGUUGUGAGGCCUUCUUGAUUUUAAGGGGUGUAAAACAACUU